GUGUAAUCUUCAAACAUCGUCACUUAUAUCUUUAAUAAUUGUCGCUGUUUCCAUCAUACAAAAUCAUCAAAUACACAGCUGAGGGCUGAUAGUCCUCCGCAUUCAAUCCCAGCCACUUCAAGCAAACAGGAUCAAUUGAUCGAGUCGACUGCGCGUUCUCUUACAAGACUCAAGAUGACGUUGCCCUUACUGGCAGCGAGUCUGUUGCUUUCUGCAGGCCUCCAGCGCCCACGCCGCUGGCAUCGAUACACAUCGUGCCGUUCCAGAUUUACAGAAUACCGACAGUAAUGAUAAUGACGCAAGCAAACGGCUCUUCCCUUUUCUUUCCAAACUUCGCGACAAAGCUAUCGAGACCGUCUUCGGACGUCAUCCGAGUAAAAACACCCCGCGGCCCAUCAUCAAUCAACUACGCGCGCAAUACCUCAAUCAGUUGGUCCUCCGCUUCAACGUCACUACCUCGCACGAAGAGGGAGCACUUGCCGAUGCCGCCGCUCGACUAUUUCUUGAUGUCUGGGCUUUUACCGAUGAUUAUGUCGACAUCCGCCUACACGCUGACGAGGUUCGACCUCUGCUAAGCUUGCUUCCCAAGACACUACACGCAUCGCACUCGAUUUUGAUUCCAGAUUUGGCCGCCGCGGUCUAUAAAUCACUGCCUAUUGGAGGAAACCCAGCUUAUUACGAUCCUAAGCCCGCGCCUCCGGUCCUGAAAGUCGCUUCUUCGCCAGGAGAUAACCUCUUUUUCCAGGAUUACCAGUCUCUGCCGGUCGUGGUGAGAUGGAUGCGUCUCCUUGAGGCUAUGUUUCCAUCCUACGUCAAGUACAUUAACAUCGGCAAGUCGUACGAAGGCCGCGAUAUUCCUGCCCUGCGAGUGGGGAUUCCGAACACAGCACCGGAUGCGCCGAGGCGCAAAACAAUCAUGAUCAUGGGCGGCUCUCAUGCUCGCGAAUGGAUCUCAACGAGCACUGUCAACUAUCUGGCGUGGUCCUUCAUCACUAGCUACGGCAAAGAACGGAUGAUCACAAAGCUAUUAGACGAGUUCGACUUGGUCUUCCUGCCAAUUGCGAACCCUGAUGGUUUCGAGUAUACCUGGCAUAUCGAUCGGCUCUGGCGCAAAACACGACAACAGACUAACCUUCAGUUUUGCCGUGGACUAGACCUGGACCGAGCUUACGGGUACGAGUGGGAUGGCUCACAGGUUCAACGGGACCCAUGCUCUGAGAGUUAUGGGGGAGAGAAGCCUUUUCAGGCCGUUGAAGCGGUGCACAUUGCCGAUUGGGCGCGGAACCAAACCUGGAACAACAAUGUUCGAUUUGUCGGCUUGAUUGAUUUGCAUUCGUACUCUCAGCAAAUUCUGUAUCCUUACUCUUACACUUGCUCCGUCGACCCUCCAAAUUUGGAGAAUUUGGAAGAGCUUGCCGCAGGUAUUGCGAAGUCUAUCCGUCUAUCAAAUGGCGAGUCGUACACUGUUGCAUCAGCAUGUGAGGGUGCAGUCUCAGCUCGCGAAUUCAGCGGUGGUCGUUACUGGUCUCGCAUCGAAUCUGGCGGUGGAUCGGCCGUCGACUGGUUCUAUCACGAAAUGCGAGCUCACUACAGCUACCAGCUCAAGCUUCGAGAUACCGGCAGCUACGGCUUUCUGCUUCCCAAAGAACACAUUGUUCCAACAGGAGAAGAGAUAUUCAAUGCGAUGAAGUAUUACGGAGACUAUCUCUUGGGUAACAAUGGCAUCGAGUCCGUUACUGAGGCUGAAGAGGAUGACAAGGUGGAGAUGCAUGAAAAUCAGCCAGUCCAAGAUUCUGAGCAAAACCCAACCGUUGGACAGGAGUUAAAGAGAAGGAGGCUUCGAAGGUGAGGGUGAUGUGAGCCUGUACGGGGUGCAGGAGGGUGUUGGAUAGGAAUUUGGUAUGAAAUUUACGAUUGAGCAUCAUGAUUUAUUUUUCUUCAUAUCUUUUUGGAAUCGCAUAAGAUGCAUGUAAUGGUUGGAUACGCAGGCGUCUAAUGGUCACAGCAAAAAGCAGGAAAUAGCAACGAUGGGGAGUUCGUGACAGGUCCUGUUAAAUAACACAGAAAAUAAUAUCAUGCAUAUAUUACAUCUUUUCCAAA